UGAACCUUCGCAGCGGCGGCGGGGCCCUUGUCUUCUCAGCGACCACCCGGGCCGUUUCAGCCACCUCCGGUAUACACAGAGGGAAGCAGCGCUUUUCCGGGCCACGGCGCUGUUCACUUUGACCCGCCAGGCCUCGCACCAAGAACCGCUGCCCACAGCACAGACCCAGAGCUGUCAACAUCAACUGACGCCCUGAAAGGGCAGGCGGGACCAACGCCACAACCGCCACCGUCGAACGCAGCAUCCUUCCAGCGGCACGCGCCACCUUCUUCAGCUUGGUCCCCCACCACCCGCACGUGGGUGACCUUGGAAAGAGUGGACAAACAAUGUGCACCCGGACAGCUUUAAUGACAGGACUUCGGGGCCCAUUCCGUUUCCGCUCAGUUCCGGCGGCGUUGUUGCUGGGGUGGCACUCUAGUCUUCUGUGGUAGUGUCCUUUCUAGGCGUGUACUCUCUGAUGCUCACCUUUUGCUGUUGCCGCCGUCGCUAUCCGGAGCUCGCAGCCGGGUCGCAGAAUGAACAAAUACCAGACAACUCUGUAUUAACUCUUUGGUGCCUAAAAACAUCAUCUCCUUGCCCUUGCAUAUGUUUGAGAACCAUUUAAAAAAAAUGGUAAGUACCAUUUUCCAGUUUGGAAAAGAGCUGAGAAUCGUUUGGGCUAAAUGAAUAUAAAGUUCACUCUAGGAACGCUCUAAUGGAUGACGGGAAUUCUCCUACAAAUGACCUGCAGUUAAAUUUACAAGACUUACUUCAUACCAGUACACUUGUGGAAAAGGUCAAAGCUUGCUUAGCCUCUUCACCAGAUGAAAAUGAAAAUCAGCUUAAUGGAAGCAAGCAGAACACUCUGAAAAGCAGUGACAACACCAUGGGAAAGGUUGAGCAGGACAACAUUAAUAAUAAUGAGGACAGUGGAGACUACUCAUCCUCUUGCCAAGAAGAGGAAAGUGAUAAGCCAUCUAGAAGCUUCGCUGCAGAUGAAAUGCUCAUUUUAGAAAAAUGCAACUCUGAAAAAAGGAGUUCAAGAAAAACAAAAUGUUCCAGCAGGAAAGCCAAGCAAGAGAAGACUGGCAUUACGGCAACAGCUUGUAGACAAGAUGAAGAUGGAAACAAGACAAAUGCAAACUGCCCAGCAAAGGAUCGAACCCUGACUUUGCAAUCCCUCUUCUCACUUCUUCGAGAAGAAUUUGACCAGAUGGAUUCAAGAGUGCUUCCUCUGUGCCUCCAUCAGAUUGCUGAAACCUAUUUUCAAGAUGGAGAAUAUGAGAAAGCCAUGAAGUUUAUUCAACUUGAACGUUUAUAUCAUGAGCAGCUCCUUGCAAAUCUAUCUUCUAUUCAGCAACAGUGGGAAAAAAAAUGGAAAGCAACAGCAUCUAAUGAGGUUUCAGUUCUUAAAGGUUCUGCUAAAGAUCUGAAUAAUGAGGAGUUAGACAAACUUGCUGAACUUUGCACAUCACAUCAAGAACCACUUGUCUCCAGAAGCAAGCUAAUAAGUAAAGAAAAAUCCUUGAAACCUGAGAGUUUCAUAGGUUUAAUGGUAUCUGAAGAUUUAAAGGAAAGAGGUGCUGCUCCAUGCGAAUCAGAUGCUCAAACUUCACCUGGCAUUGGACCAAAGGAAGAGAAUCAUCACAAAGAGGGUGAGGGUUUCCAACCUGAAAACUGUCAUACUCUUCAGGAGAGGGCAAGUCUUCGACGGGCUGUGGGAAAGGACCACAUGGAGGAGGAGCACUGCAGUGCUGAAUCAACAGUGGAGCCACCCACUCAGUCCACAGGGACACAGGGCACGCCUCACUCAGGCUGUUUAUCUUCAAAGGAUGCUAGUGAAAGUAACUGUCGGCAGCCAAGAGAAGAACAGUUCUCUGAGGAGGUAGCAAAAAUAGCAGCAGCUGCUGAGGAGCCUGCAGCAGAGUGCUCUCGUGAGCCAAUGGUAGACACAUUGGUUUUGACAGAUGCUGAUUAUAUGCCUCCUGAUUUAAUUUCCACAGAUGAAAAUGUUCAGUCUGAAAGAAAUUUACUCAGGUCAAAAGACUCUUCUGGCUCUGUUGUGAUUUUCAGUAGCCAGCUGGGAAGCAACAUAUUAAACCAGCAGCAGCAGCCUGUUUAUGGAAGUGAUACAAAAUCUGUGCAGAGCAGAACAUCAGAUUUUAGUGGGGAUGUGUGCAGUGAAAGUAAUAUGCCUGAACAGGACAGUGUUCCAUAUGAAGGGAUACAAGAGGAAAGAGCAACACUGGAAAAGGAAUGUGAAAAUGAAGAACCAGAAGACUUCUUUGAUCAGUUUUUAAACGGCAGCAUAAAAGACAGAGAAGAGUCCCUCAAACACCUAGAAGGCCAUGGGGACUCUGAAAUUCUUUCACUUAUGCCACCUGAACAAGCACUUUAUAGUUUAUCAGAAGUUUAUUCACUGGAUGAAAGCUUUUCUUCACUUGAUGAACUUGCAAAACGGAUUGAGAUUGCAGAGACAGUUCCUGCGGAGGGGCUUGUGUCCAUAUUAAAGAAGAGAGAUGAUAGUGACGGAAAAACACUUGCUCAAAUCCAGCAGAGACAAUCAAAAAGAAGAGUAAGAUUCCAAGAAAUGGAGGACACAUUUGACCAAGAGGAAGUUGGAGGUGGGUCCUGCAUUCUGCUGAUCUUAUUGUGCGUAGCCACUGUAUUCCUUAGUGUUGGAGGAACUGCGCUAUACUGCACACUGGGUGACACAGAAUCCCCUGUAUGUACUGACUUUGCAGCCAAUAUGGACUUCUAUUAUACCCGAAUAGUGCAGGGUAUAGAGAAACUUAAGCACUGGAUGAAAUGA